CGACAUACAAUUUUAUCCCUCACAUAUCGUUAUUACUGUCGACAUAUCCAUAAUGGCUGAUCCUAUCUCGACUGCCGAUCCCGUGGCGCUAGAAGUUGACGAGGCCGACAUUGAUACUACUAGCGACACUGACUCUCUUGGUUCAAUUGAAGGGAGCUCCACUUCGUCAAUUACCUCAAGCAUUCUAAAGUAUCGCCAAGAGAACGGGCGCACCUAUCACGCGUACAAGGACGGCCAGUAUGUGAUCCCCAAUGACGAGCAGGAGCAGGAUAGGCUCGAUUUGCAGCAUCAUCUUUUUCUUCUCACUUUUGAUGGCAAGCUCUAUCUAUCGCCCGCCGGCCGCGAAGGUCGUCAACUACACAAUGUUCUCGAUGUUGGGACAGGCACUGGACUCUGGGCCAUGGACUUCGCCGAUGAGCAUCCUAGCGCUUCAGUCAUCGGAAUUGACCUCAGCCCCAUCCAAAGUCCUUUCGUCCCUCCGAACUUGAGCUUCCAGGUCGACGAUAUUGAAGAGCCGUGGACAUUUCAUGUCAAGUUCGACUUCAUCUACAGUCGCAUGAUGACUGCAUCUAUCGCUGACUGGCCCGGCUUCUUCGCCAAGGCCUAUGACAAUCUCAAUCCCGGCGGCUGGAUCGAGUUGGCAGAUAUUUACCCUAUUACUAGCGACGAUGGAACUCUCGCAAAAGACUCGGCAACUCAUGAAUGGGUCACCAAAUUGUUGGACGGUACAAAGAUGAUUGGAAGACCAUUCGACGGGGCAGAUAAAUACAAGGAACAGCUCGAAGCCCAGGGCUUUCAGAACGUCCAGCAGGUCGUGUUCAAAUGGCCUCAGAAUACUUGGCCGAGAGACAAGAGACACAAGGAGCUUGGUGCUUGGAAUCUCGAAAACAUCAGCUCUGGCCUUGAAGGUCUCAGCUCUGCUGUCUACACCCGUGUGCUCGGCUGGAGCAAAGAGGGGCUGGAUGUGUUACUCGCCAAGGUUCGCCGCGAACUGAAAGACAAAACUAUUCAUUCCUACUGGCCUAUAUAUGUUGUAUAUGGGCAGAAGCCGGAGAAAUAAAGUGAGGCCCUCUUCUAGAUCCAUGAUUUGUUUAUCUCUUAAGCAGGCAAAGUUGCAUAAAUGAUGAUACUGUUUAACUCUUUCCGAUUGAAAGGCAAUUUGACUUCCAUCAUGUAGAUCAUCCUAAAAUACAAUUUUGUGUCCUCGAGCUCUCAGCUUCUUGUCACACCCGUCCAACCUCCUCGGAUACCAUAAGAUGUAGAAUGCUACUUCGGAACGAAUUUCUCUAGUGUCCUCGUGAUAAGAUUCAGUCCAUCCAUACCAGACAUCACUGUUGCGAUCGAGAAACGCCAGCAUAGACUGAAUCGUGUCAGCACAUUGAGGGAAAGGUCCACCUCCAAAUUCUGUAACCAUUCCCUGAAAGCCAUUACGGCGCAAGAUGCGAGUCACUGCCUCAAAUCUCUUGGCAAAGCCACUCCAAGGCUCGCAGAGACCAUAUGCGCCGGCGAUAUCGUCAAAGUACUGGUGGAAGUCGUAUAGAGUGUUGUUGGCAGGGUCUUGAAUGAGACCAGGACCGAUACCUGGUUGAGAGAAAGCUUCCCAGUCAACAAGGCGAGCGAAUUGUGUUCCUGAGACAAGAAUUUUCUGCUUGUCGGUGACGUUUCGGAUAGCAAGAAUUGCAGCCUGGUUUGUCGCGCCCCAUUUGGUGAUGUCAAGAUCAUGAGCUAGACAUCUCUGUCAGUUUGACUGCGAGUAAUAAAGUAUGAGCUGAGAAGUGCUCGUAGUUCAACGUACGCUCGUUCAUGAGUUGGAAUAUGACUUUGGGGUUUGAUUUGUAUCUCUCGGCGAGUCUUGUCCAGAGAUCGGA